AUGGGUAUUAAUAAAGAAAAAACUAAAGAGAAAUUUCCAGACUUUUAUUGUUCAAAAGAACAAGCCAAUAUGAGAUUAGAAUAUAGAAUUCUGGAAAUAGCCCAAGGAAAUGAACAAGAGUGUAACUUUUGUUUUCUAGAUUUUGAUGACCCAACUCUCCUUAAUUUUGAUACUGCUCUUGCUACUCAUCAAAUGGCUCAUAAUACUCCUGAUGGUUACUCUGAUAUAGUUUUUAUUUGCAGUGAAUGUAAAAAAGAUCAAUGUGGCACCUAG